AUGGAAGUUCGAACAACACCAAAAACAUUUGACCCGUUCAUUAUUCUGAAAGCUCGUGAUGUCAUUCGUCUGCUUGCUCGGUCAGUCCCUUUUGAACAGGCAAUCCGUGUCUUGCAAGAUGAUAUUUUCGCGGAUAUCAUCGAAAUCAAUCUGGCUAACCGAGAGCGUUUCAUCAAACGACGUAAUCGUCUCAUCGGAUACGAGGGCGAGACGUUAAAGGCUCUUGAAUUGUCCACGAAUUCCUAUAUUGUGGUUCAAGGGAAAACAGUGUCUGCCGUUGGUCGGUACGAAGACUUGAAACAGGUUCGAAAAAUCGUUUGGGGGUGCAUCUAUGACAACGUGCAUCCGGCGUAUUCAAUCAAGCGAUUACUCAUCAUCAAGAAGCUGCAAGCUGAUCCUACAAAACAGAAUAUAUCUUGGGAUCGGUUUCUUCCAAAGUUGAAGAAGAAGGUGCUCAGUCGUCGUCGAAAGCCGCAUAAGGUAUGUCGCCUCUGA